CAUAGGACUCCUCGGAUAAUGACCAAUAUCAAUUUGCAUGCUUCGUAAUGCUUGAUUGGAUUUUUGGUCUGUUCCAGACAAGGCUUUUGUUGGUGCAUCCGUUGGUUACUUCUCAUUUCUUUUCCUACUAGCUGGAAGGGCAUUGUCUGUGAGUUGAUCAUUCUUGAAAUAAUAAUCUAGGGCUGAGAAUGGCUUGUUAUGUUGGCCCUCUCCCACAGUGAGAUGUUCUUCCUAUUUCUUCUUGGCAUGUUUUCUUGCUUUAAUAACUCAGUAAUUAUUGUCUUCUCUAGGUGCCCCCUUUCACCUUCGAUAGUAGUCUAUUCCCCAAGGGUGUUACUUGUGUAUGUGUACGAUGCACAUGCAGAUUGUAGGAAAAACGUCAGUGGUGCAUUCCUUUUGCUCUAUGGCGUUGCAUUAGCUAUUGAAGGAUGGGGUGUAGUUGCAAGUUUGAAAAUCUACCCCCCUUCCGCUGGAGCUGCUAGUUCAGCAAUUACCCUUGUCGUAGCUUUUGGAUUCGCUCUCUCUCGCCCUUGUUUGACUCUUGAGUUGCAGCUUUGUGUACUUUGCAUGCUGUUAAGGAGUGGAAGAGUUAUUGGAGAAAUAAUUGAGCUAGGUUACAAUCACCAGUCUGGUUGUGAAGUUUCCAACGUGUUUGUUGCUGAUUCUGAAUCUGAUUUUGAGACAACAUUUGGAAACCUUUUUGAAGUCAAAACUGAACAAAAAAUGGCUACUUUGAAAGAACUUGCUGCCCCUGAUUUAAAUGUUCAACCUUUGGCUAUUACUUACACUGAAUUGGAAAAACAUUUAAAGCUGAAUUCUGGGUUUAUAAAUCUUUUGCCUAAGUUUCAUGGACUCCUUCCCACUGAUAGGAAUAAUGUAGAUGCUGCAAGUGGAGGAGCCCUUGUUAACAAAACCCCUACUCAAGCUAGGGAGCUUUUUAACUUGAUUGCUCAAAACACCCAACAAUUUGGAACAAGAGAGACACUGGUUAAAAAAGUCAAUGAACUUGAAAGUAAAUCAAUUGAACAAAAGCUUUCUGAACUCACCUGUAUGAUGUCAAAACUUGUUUCUGGGGGUGGGAAUGUUAGGGGGAUCCAUUGUGGAGUAUGUUGUCUAGAAGGGCAUGCAACUGAUGCUUGUCCAACCCAUAGUCACAAAAUUCGCUCCCAGAGCCGCGACUUCCGUAUUGCUACUGAUGUGAUUAUAAGCAACUUGCAGGCUCAAAUGAAUCAAAGAAUCCCUUCUCAACCUUUUCCAAAUCCAAAAGAAAACAUAAAAGCUGUGGUUUUAAGGAAUAAGAAACAAUUGCCUGAACCUAAGGGUAGGGAUAGGGUUGAGAGUGAGAAAGAAGUUCCUAAAGUUGUGAACCUUGAGUUAGCUAAGACUACUGACAGCAGUUCUCAUGGGGCUGAAACAGUGAGAGAAACACCUGGGAAUGAUAACUCAGACCAAGGGGAAAGGGUAGAAGACAUGGUCAGACCUAAAGCUCCCUUCCCGA